AUGACCAUCCGUGUCGGAUGCCAGACGAUAGCCGCAGCAAAGUUGAGCAACGGUAGCAGAGCGCCCUUUACAAUGAGGAGUGUUUUGGCUGUGUCGCUCUUGGGACUUGCGGCCGCCUCGAACCACACGCUGCGAGCCGGAGCUGCUGGGACGAGCCCCAUUGUCAUUCAGGGCAACAUGCUCUUCAAUGCCGCGGGCGAGCGCUUCUUCGCCAAGGGUGUUGCCUACAAUCCCCGGAACGGCAACUAUGGUCAGGUUCUUGGAACCCACAAGCCUGAGUGCAAGGCUGGUACCCCAAAGUUCCCGCCCCUGCCUUACUAUGGCGACCCAACAGCGGACGAGAUGGCAGACCAGUUCUCGGAGUACCUGCCCCUGAUCAAGAACCUUGGUGCUAACACCAUCCGCCUCUACAACAUCGACCCAGAGAAGUCGCACAGGAAGUUCAUGGAGCAAGCAGCAUCCUUGGGCAUUUACGUCUUGGUACCACUGACUAGGGGUGACUGGGGCUUCUUGCCAGCCCUUCCGAGCCCACAGUGCUAUCAUGCAGACCUCCCCGACUAUGGUCAUGUGGGCCUGAACCUGCUGACUUCGGCCAAGCUCAUCGUGGAUCAGUUCAGCCAGUAUGAGAACACGAUGAUGUUCGUUGUGGGCAACGAGAUUGAGCUUUUGGACAAGGAGGGCAUGGCAGCGUACCCUUGCGUGAAAGCUCUCACACGUGACAUUCACCGAUACCAGAAGGAGAAGGGGUACAGGAGCGUUCCCCUCAUCUAUUCUGACAAGGACCAGGGAAACAAGGACCGAGUGAACAUCGCGAACUACCUGACAUGUGCAUUGGAGAGCCCUGACGAUGCAGUGGAUGCCUUCGGGCUGAAUGCUUACUCCUGGUGCGAUCCAGCCUACGGCAGUUUCCAGUAUUCCCCAUAUCAGUCGAUCGUUGAUGACUUCGCGUCCUUUUCCAAGCCCUUUCUUUUCACCGAGUUCGGCUGCAACAUUGGUUCCUUUCAGUGGUCUUGUCCGGGCUACACGGGAGGCCGAACAUGGCCACAGGUCGGGGUCAUGAUGGAUCGAAUGAGCGACCUUGUCAGCGGGGCAGUGGCUUUCGAGUUCUCCAUGGAGAACAACGAGUUUGGGCUGGUGCUUACACCCGGAUUCCUCCAGGGUCAGAACACCGUCAAGCUGACCGACAGCUACUAUGCCCUGCAGAAGGAGUUCGAAACCCACAAGGUCAAGGCAUUUACGGCCCCGGCCCGCUCGGCACCUUCCCAGUGCAUCUCAAGAGAACUGGCAAACAAGAUGCAGCAGCAGAACCAUGUGAACCAAAUCUCGGACUGGUCGCGACUUCCUUCUACCCCAGUCAUGCCAGAGACAGUGUUCCCGUGA